AUCUCUUUUCUUUAUUUUUAGAACAAAACCCAGUCUCUCAGCAGAGGGGAAUACAAUGUUUACAGUACCUUUCAAAGCCAUGAACCAGAGUUUGACUACUUGAAAAGUUUAGAAAUUGAAGAGAAGAUCAACAAAAUUAGGUGGUUACCCCAAAAAAAUGCUGCUCAGUUUUUAUUGUCUACAAAUGAUAAAACAAUAAAGUUAUGGAAAAUCAGUGAAAGGGAUAAGAGGCCGGAAGGCUAUAACUUGAAGGAAGAAGAUGGGCGGUAUAGGGACCCUUCUACAGUUACAACACUACGGGUGCCAGUUUUCAGACCCAUGGAUCUUAUGGUUGAAGCUAGUCCACGAAGAAUAUUUGCCAAUGCUCACACGUACCACAUCAACUCUAUCUCCAUCAAUAGUGAUUAUGAAACGUACCUAUCUGCAGAUGACUUGCGGAUUAAUCUGUGGCACCUAGAAAUUACAGACAGAAGUUUUAAUAUUGUAGAUAUUAAGCCUGCCAACAUGGAAGAGCUGACCGAGGUGAUAACAGCUGCAGAGUUCCAUCCGAACAGCUGUAACACAUUUGUGUACAGCAGUAGUAAAGGAACUAUUCGUCUGUGUGACAUGAGAGCAUCGGCACUCUGUGACAGACAUUCAAAAUUGUUUGAAGAACCAGAAGACCCUAGCAACAGAUCGUUUUUCUCUGAAAUCAUCUCUUCCAUAUCCGAUGUAAAAUUCAGCCAUAGUGGUCGAUACAUGAUGACUAGAGAUUACCUGUCAGUGAAGAUCUGGGAUUUAAAUAUGGAAAAUAGACCUGUGGAAACAUACCAGGUGCAUGAAUACCUCAGAAGUAAACUUUGUUCUCUGUAUGAGAAUGACUGCAUUUUUGACAAAUUUGAGUGCUGUUGGAAUGGAUCUGACAGUGUUGUCAUGACAGGAUCUUACAACAAUUUCUUCAGAAUGUUUGACAGAAACACAAAGCGAGACAUCACCUUAGAAGCAUCUCGGGAAAACAACAAACCCCGCACUGUUUUGAAGCCCCGCAAAGUCUGUGCAAGUGGCAAGCGAAAGAAGGAUGAAAUUAGUGUUGACAGCCUAGACUUCAACAAGAAGAUACUACAUACAGCCUGGCAUCCCAAGGAAAAUAUCAUUGCUGUAGCUACUACAAACAACUUGUAUAUAUUUCAAGACAAAGUGAAUUAGGGUUGGCAUUCCUAACAGAAGAGUCCACUUCCUGCAUAGUUGAGAUAGUUGAAUCUAGCAUUUGUACCUGUAAAUGAAAGAGAAUAAGAGAGAGAGGUCCAUUGUGGCACCCCUUUCCAGUGUUUAAAAAUGUGCCAUAUGACACACAUUUUUUUUAGCUACAUGGAGAAAGCUCUGUUGAUCAUCACUGUGGUGUUCUCCAUGUCUGCUAGCCAUUUAGGUGAGGGUAGGGCACUUUUUAAUUUAAUGACUACUUGCACCAUCUUGCCUAAUGGACUAGAUUGGACUGUAUCAACAUUGGUUUACUCCACUUUUUAUGCCUUCCAUUGUGAUGACGUCAAACACAGGGAAAGCCUUCAGUCAUGCUAUGGGAUUUAAUUGUGUAACCUCAUUACUGUAUCAUUUGUGGCCCUUUUUUAUUAAAUGCAGCUCAUUCUUGCUGUGGCUUGUAGCAUUCCUCCCCCUGGACUCCCUCUCCCUCUCCCCUUCAUUCCCUCCGCCCAUACCUGGUGGUGGUGUAUAGAAAAAAAUGAAAUAAAGCACAUGAAAUGGGUCAGUUUGGGGUCAGUGGUAAGGGGGUCUGUGUUGCGAACAAAUGUUUUAAUAAACAGUUGACUGUAAUCACUCCUUGCCAUGUUUGGCACCAAAAAAGAGAAAAUAAGGAAGAAAAAAAACUACUGAAUAAAAGUGACAAAGAAUGAAGAA